CAACCCGAAUACGUCGCAAUAUGCCUCUCGGUCAAAGGCCAAGUCCGCGACCUGCCAGAAUGGUUCAUCCACCACUACCACCACAUCGGCAUACGGAGGUUCUACAUCAUGGACGACGGGACAAAACCGCCCCUGUCUGAGCAGCCGGAGAACCACUACGGUAUCCCACGGUCGGCCAUCACCUUCCAGUACUUCGACGAGACGGACCGCAUGCCGUACAUGCAGAACCACAUGUACAACGAAUGCAACCGCCGGUUCCGCGAUCGCCAUACCUGGAUCGCAUACAUCGACGCCGACGAGUUCCUCGAAAUGACCUCCACUACAAAGAGGGAGACGCUGGACGAUGUCCUCCGCGAGUUCGAGAAGGACCCGAAAGUCGGCGCUGUCGGCGUCAAUUGGCAGGUUCACAACUCCAACAACCUCACCGAACGGCCCCCAUCCGCCCGCAAAGGGUUCACGAGAUGCAUCGUCGACGACCCUGAACAGGACAACCGACACAUCAAGUCCAUCGUGCGGACCGCGUACUACUCAUACCCCACAUCCCCCCACUCCUUCUUCACAACCGACGACACCAUCACGGUGGGAGAAAACGGCGAUAAAGUAGAUUACGCAUUUAGACGGCCUAUUACACGGCAGCGGAUGGCGCUGCAUCACUAUGUAGUCAAGUCUAAGGCGGAGUACGCGGCCAAGGUGCAGAGGGGCAAUGGGAUGGAUCAACCGAAGGGCUGGGACUUUUGGGACCAUGUUGAAAAGAUGCCGAGCGUUGACUGCAUGUCCAUGGCGCAUUAUUCCCCAUGA